AUGGUCAAGGUUGAGAACGUGCUCGUGUUGUUCAACGAACGCGUCGGCGCGAUGGAGAGCGUGGCGCGCGCGACGCAGCAGCGCAUCGACGCGCUGUCCGCGCACGCGUCCGAGCCCGUGGCGUGGGGCGGGUCGCCCGUGGGCGGCGGCGGCGGCGGCGGCGGGAGUCUCGGCGGGUUCGGCGGCGGCGGGAGCGGCGGCGGCGUCGGGAUGCCGUCGCUGCCGGGCGCGGGGCGGAGGCAGAGCGCGGGCGCGAGUUCGCUGGGCGGGAGCGCGGGGGGGAGGACCGCGUCGGGGCCGGGGUACGCGUCGCCGUCGUUCGGGCGGCGGUGA